AUGGAGAAGGGGAAGGCUGCGAUGGAAAAUAUGAAGAACAUUAAGAUGCCACCUGGUAGUAAGGGACCAGCAACUGCUUUAGCUAAAGUUGCAGUUUUUACGGGGGCUGCAGUCUAUGGAGCGUAUCUCUCUAUUUACAAUGUACCACCUGGACAUCGUGCUGUGGUUUACAGUCGUAUUGAUGGUGUGGGUCAUCAAGUUAUUGAACAAGGCACGCACUUUGUCAUUCCAUGGCUGCAACGUCCAUUGAUUAUGGAUGUGCGUACUCGUCCGCGUACUUAUGCAUCGCUUACGGGUACAAAGGAUUUGCAGAUGAUUAACAUCUCGAUCCGUGUCUUGUCCAAGCCGGAUCGUGCACGUUUACAGUGGUUGUAUCAAAAUCUUGGCACGGAUUUUGAUGACAAGGUCUUGCCAUCCAUUGUGAAUGAAGUAGCUAAGCAAGUGGUGGCUCAAUUUACGGCUGCUGAGCUCAUUUUUCAGCGUGACCAUGUAUCACGACUUAUUAUUGAGAACCUGAAACGUCGUGCUGAUCGCUUUGCUAUCAUGCUGGAAGAUGUUUCGAUUAUUCACUUGACGUUUGGUUCCGAGUAUACAGCUGCUAUUGAAGCUAAGCAAGUGGCACAGCAAGAUGCUGAGCGUGCUCGUUUUAUUGUCGAGCGCGCUAUUCAGGAAAAGAAGAGCACAGUCAUUCGUGCUCUUGGUGUUGCAAAAUCAGCUGAGCUUGUGGGUGAAGCAAUCAAGAAGAAUCCGGCUUUUGUCCAGCUACGUCGUCUUGAUGCUGCCAAGGAAAUUGCGACUGUCAUUUCACGCUCGGCCAACAAAGUUUACCUGAAUUCCGAUUCUUUGCUGCUGAACAUUCUUCACGACACUGAUCAAUCCUCAUUUGGUAAGAAGUAG